AUCCCCUCCCUCCGCGCCACGUUGAGAGAACUAGCUUGUUUGGACCUUCGACAAACUCUCGUCAGCUUAUCUCCCAGACAGCACUUGUACCAGAGCAAAGAUGGGUUCUAUCGACACCAGCUUCGACGUCUUCAAUGGCUUCUACAACACCAUCAACGGCCAAUUGAGUAAGACAGAGAAGACCAGACAUGGCAUCAACCCCGCAACGGGAAAGCCAAAUCCAGAAGUCCCGGUCUCGACGCAGCAAGAUGUCGACAACGCAGUGGCAGCGGGCAAGGCAGCCUUCCAGACCUGGUCGAAAACACCAUGGGCAGAACGAAAGAAGGCUGUUCUUGCUUUCGCCGACGCUCUCGAAGAGCAUGCUCAGGACUUUGGCAAGCUGCUCACACAGGAGCAAGGCAAACCUGUCCAAUUUGCCGUUCAAGAGGCUCAAACGGGAGUCCACUGGCUCAGAGAGUUGUCGAAGAUCGAAUUGAAGGAGGAGAUCGUUGAGGAAGAUGCCCAAAAACAAGUCAUUGUUCGAUACACUCCUCUCGGAGUCACCGUCGGCAUUGUCCCGUGGAACUUCCCCAUCCAUCUGGCAUGUGGCAAGAUCGGCCCUUCUCUCCUUACUGGCAACCCCAUCAUCAUCAAACCAUCUCCAUUCACUCCCUACUGCAAUUUGAAGAUGGGUGAGCUGGCCCAGAAGUUCUUCCCGCCAGGCGUGCUGCAAGUUCUGAGCGGAGACGAUAACCUCGGACCAUGGCUUACAGCCCACCCUGGCCCUGACAAGAUCAGCUUCACUGGCUCGACUUUCACUGGAAAGAAAGUCAUGGAAAGUGCCGCGAAGACGCUGAAGCGAGUCACUCUCGAGCUGGGAGGUAAAGAUCCGGCCAUUGUCACCAAGAAUGUUGACAUUAAUAGCGUCGCGGCCAAGAUUGCCACGCUUGCUUUCCUGAACUCUGGCCAGAUUUGCCUUGCCAUUAAGCGAAUCUAUGUCCACGAGUCCAUCCAUGACCAAUUCCGAGACGCCAUGGUCGCAUUUACCAAGACACUCAAAGUCGGCGAUGGUAGUGAAGAGGGCGUGUUCCUUGGACCCGUUCAGAACUCCAUGCAGUACGAAAAGGUCAAAACUUUCUUCUCAGAUAUUGAGAAGGAGAAGUGGACCGUUGCCGUAGGUGGUAAGAACGAGGACAAGCCUGGAUAUUUCAUCACACCCACCAUCAUUGAUAAGCCGUCCGACACUUCAAGAAUCGCGACCGAGGAGCCUUUCGGCCCUAUCGUUCCUCUCAUGACGUGGACCGACGAGGACGAUGUCAUUGCUCGUGCAAACAAUACUAAGAUGGGCCUCGGCGCUUCGGUCUGGUCCGAUGACCUGAAAGAAGCCAGCAGAAUUGCUCGACAGCUGGAUGCUGGAAGUGUUUGGGUCAACACUCAUCUUGAGCUUGAUCCCAACGCGCCGUUUGGAGGUCACAAAGAGUCUGGCGUCGGUUACGAAUGGGGCAUUGGCGGACUACGCGCAUUCUGCAAUGCACAGACCUUGUAUCUGAAGAAGAGCACUUGAUGGCCAUGUAAGCUAGUUCAACUGUAGCCAGAGAGAAAACAAUUGAGGAAUUUGCUU